AUGCCUAAUACGAGUUCGUGGCAAGUUGACACUGGCAAAGAGACUGUGCUGAUCGCUCUCGUGAGACUGGACCAAGAUAUAGCAAGUAGUGAAAAACUCCAUCCAGCUCAAAGGCUUGCGGUUGUGUCGGCAGAACUUCAAAGCAUACAACAGGAAAUUAAAGAAUUUGAAGAAAUGACUAGUCCAGUGGCUAAUGCAGAAAGUUAUGCUAAGACUAUGCAUCAGAUCUUCGUCAAUUUAGAUCUCUACAGACGUCCAAUGUUAGCGUCAGAAAAUGAAGAUUUUGUCGCUAAUGUUAAUAGAAAGGAAAUGCGUAAGCUUGAACUAAUUUGGCUUCGGGUCAGAGAAAAAGAAUUGCAAAGCGAAAAACGAUCACUGCACGCACAAUUAUUGCGUAUACGUACUAUGUACACACAACUGCAGCAAUUGUUGAGUUGCUUAUGGAGCGAAAACCAACGUCCAGAAAUACCGUUAGAAGUCGCUUGCGAGCGUGCGAUUGCGUUUCGCGAUGCACUCGCUUCGGUCAGUGCUCGGUUACGAGCAGCCGCUGAAAGUUCUCACACAGCGCUGAAGUUGCUAGAUGAUGCAUUGCCAGCUUGGAAACUAACAACAGUGGGCAAAAGCGGGUGGGAACGAACACGCGCAUGUUCAGACGCAUGCAGACUGCUCGUGCACGCUCGGUGCGGAGAGCGCGGUGCGCGGCGUGUGCUGGUCGCCACUGCAGCGCCGCGAGCCGCGCGCGCUCUCAGACUCGCCUUGGAUUAUGCUUUUACGGACACAAUGCAUGACUAUAAAUACCAAAGAGCAACAGAGGCAUUUUUACAGUUUAAGGAGGCUUUAGUUCAAUUAGUUAAUUCUAUACAUCAGGUACUUUUAAACAACGUUGAAAAUUUGGCUGUGGCUGAAAAGGAAUUAAUGGAAAAUAGACGAAAACUCAGAGCAGCGAGAGUCAACGACAUAGUUAAUAGAGGCUUAGCCGAUUUAAAAUAUGAGUCAUCCACACUUACUAGUCUUAAAAUAACGCCUAGACAAUAA